AUGGCUGAAUUGACGGGCUCGAUCUCGUCGAUCGGAGGUGGCGCGUCUGCCUUCCUCCCAUACCAGACAACCAGUUUUAAUUUACCAGUGCCAUACUAUAAUCAUAUUAAUAAUAACAGCCCUCAACCAUCGCCGUCUUAUACGAGACGAAGGGAACAGCCGUUCUUCCAUCUUCCGUAUCAGAGCUCAUCGACUGCGAUGCCUCCUGAAGGUCUGCCGAACUGCCCGGGUUUAAAUCGACCGGAUCGUAAACGGAACGAAGUCACUUCGUUUCUCGGUUCAACCCGUCGUGGAGCCCUUUUCUGUCGGUCCGGUAAUUGGCUGGAAAUUAUAGACGAACGAACCAGCCAAUUAGAGACACGACGAGGCGGGAUCGGCGACCAAGUCCGAGGUACCCGGCAUGAGGGCAGCCGAUUCAGUGUCCUAGAAUUUCUCUCUGUCGCUAUUGGUUUAGUGAGUAUACGAGGAGAAGUUUCACAAAGAUAUUUAUGUAUGGAUAGAGAUGGAAAAUUAUAUGCUGCGGCACCACAGAACUAUACAUCAGAAUGUGUAUUUCUCGAAGAAAUGAUGGAGAACUACUACAAUCUAUACUCAUCCUGUGCAUAUGGCACACGAAAACGACCGUGGUACGUCGCGUUGCGUCGAACAGGGCGGAGCCGUCGUGGAAAGAACGCUCGACGACGGCGGAAAGCUAGUCAUUUCUUAGUUGUGCACUAUGAUACGCCUCCACCUAGGAGUGAUGGACAAAUAGACUUAGGCCGAUUACUCGCCCCAUCACUGAAACAUCAACCACCGAAAGAUCAGGCGUUUGCGCGACGGCAAGCGUUAGCGAAACAGACGCAGUCGCGAAUCGAACGUAUACAGGAGCGGGUGGCAAAUCGUCGUCCUACACCAACAACAAUGCGGAAAGUCCGGAAACGGAAACGACGAAGACAACAACGAUUGGAGCGUGAACAACGCCAACGACGAUUACGACAACAAGAACUGGAACGACUUCGCCAAGAAGAGCUGGAGCGAAAACGUAGGCCGAAGUUGUCUGGUGCUGGCCUCAUCUGGUCUCGACCAUAUUAA